AUGGAGUUUGGUUUGUCAAAGGUUUCCCUGGAAGAAUAUCGAAAUCUGCAAGAAAAGGUACAACAGCUUCAGUCCAGGGUCGACAGUAAAACGGAAACCAUCGUGAGAUUGGGAAAAGAUCUUGAAACGAUUCAAGAAGAAAAUCGUCUAAUCAAAGCCAGAUCAAUAACUUUGGAACGAAAUCUAGAACGGGUCGAAAUGGAGGUGCACAAAUAUGCUGCUAAUGAGAUUGACAUCAAGACCAGUUUCAAACUUGAGAAGCAGCAACUUACGGACGAGAUCGAUAGCCUUAAAAGAGAAUUGUCUGCUGCGCUGACGGAAAACGCUGAGCUGAAAGCGGAGAAAGUCGAUCUUCAGAAAGACUGCAAGCUGUUUAGGCAGCGAAUUGCCAAAUUUGAGAUCGCUAACAUAGAGAGCCCAUCAACUCCGAAAGAGGACACAUAUUCCUUCCGUCGGAAGCCUUCAGAGGAUCCUGAAGCUGAUGGAUUGGGAAAAUACGAGAAGUUGUAUAAAGAGUUCAAGCAAAUCGAAACGGAUCUGCAUACAGUGCUGGGAAUCAAAGAAGAACUCGUCAUGGAACGUGAUGCUCUAGUGAAGAAAGUCGAACGCUUAAGUACAGAAAUGUCAUUCUUGCUGAAUGGUGAUCCACGACGAGUAGCCGAAGAUUUGGAUACACUUGUAGCUGAAAAUCGCUUCUUAAAAGCUCGCCUAGACUCUGCCAAUGAAGAAAGCGAAACCAUGAAGGCUACCUUGUCAAAGUACAGAGCCAUGACUGAGUCUCGACCAUCAACGGCUAAUCCGGUUGCUAACCAAGAUUCUUCACUGGGAGAGAAGAGCAGUGUGGCCGUUGUAAACAUGAAACAGAUUAGAGAGCUGCUUUCAUCACACGCGAUCAAACUUGAUGACAACGACUACAAGGCCAUUACGGCUAUUCUGCUUGAUUUGUGCAAUGAUAAGCAAAUGGCCCUGACGCAUCUUCGCAGAGCUAACAAAGUUCUUGGUAACAGAGUGAAUGAAGUGGAAAGUCAUUUAGCCGUUUUGGAAGCGAAAUCAAGAAGUACCAGCCCUAACAAGCCGUCGUAG